AUGCCCUUGAUUCUUCACAAUGUUCCCGAUGAGGAGCGCUACGUCGGCGACGACGGCCUUACGCGCCCUUAUGCCAUGAUCUUUGGCCAAAACGAAGGCGGCCCCGCGACAGGCACGCGCGCGCGACGAACCGUGGCCGAGACGGGCUCCUUUGGCAAGUCGACGCGGCGCUCGCGGUCUCGCACUGGCACACCCGCCCGCAAGGAGAACCCGACGCUGGCCGCGGCCGACAAGGUCUUUGGCGACUGGCUCUCGAAGCAGAACAACAACAGCGGCAGCGGCAGCAACACGACCAGAAAGCCCGCCGCCGGCGUCAACAGCCAGGAGGAUCCGGCGCCGCAGCGCGCGGUCCAGUCGACGCCUGUCGAGCUCACGCUCCGCGGGUACCGCUCCGCGGCGCAGCAGUACGCCGCCAUCAGCCACUACGAGGAGCUGGCCGGGUCCGUCCUCGAGGACUACCCGCGCGACCCCCCGACGACGCAGCGGCGCUACAAGUCGGACCUGCGCGACCCGGCGUAUACGCGCCGCCGCUGCCUGACACCAGACCAGCGCGCCCUCGUCAACCGCGCCGACGGCGGCGAGCACUGGGUCAAGGUGACGUUUGAGAGCGCCGACGCCGCCAACGCCGCCAUCUACGCUAGCCCCCAGCGCAUCCUCGGUCACCUCGUCUACGCGGAGCCCUACCGCGGCGUGCCGCUCGCGCGAGACGAGGCCUGCCCUGACACGGGCGACCUCUUCUCUGACAUCCUCGCUCCCGGCGGGGGCGGCGGCCUCGCUAGAUCCUACAGCGUUCCCGCACACGUCGGCGAGACCGGUUCCCGACGCGCUGCCGGUGGUGGUGGCCUGCCGCAGUCGUUUAGCAGCCGGCUGCUCGACCUCAGCACCGCGCCCGAGUCCCGCCAAACCAGCGACACACUCGACACAGCCACGCUCUCGCCAUCCCGGGCCUCGAGCGCCACGGCCAUUGACCCGUUCAGCGCGAGUACCGCUGCGCCUGGCGUAACCUCGACCACCACCGCCGCCGAGCCCAUCGAGAUCCCGCCUGAGGACAGCGUCUUUUGCCGCCGUAUACCCACCGCCCGCCGCGCCCGCCUGCUGCCGGCCGAGCAGGCGCUGCUCCCGCAGCAGUCCGUCAUGCAGCGCUUUGUCGGCGCCGUGCCGUUUAUCAACUGGUUCGGCGGCAGCAUGAUUGGAAACGAGGUGCCGCGCAUGGAGACGGGCGAGUUUGACUGGAACCGGGCGAGUCUCUACUGGAAGUUUAUCUGGUGGCUGGACGCGACGUUUGGUCUGUUCCGGGGCGACGUCUACAGCAUCGAUAAGGACGAGUAA